UGUCCUGCCAUGGGGCGGGGGAGAGGGGCAGCUCGGUGAGGGAGCGUUGGGUCUGCUCCGGCGAACCCCGUCCCGGGACCAUGGAGGAGCAGGUGCUGGUGCCGCCGCCUCCCGGAGAGCCUUGCCUACAAGGCUCUGUGCUCUCUUUGCUAUGUUCCAACUCCUACCAGGCAUGGUGCCAGAUCACCAAUGUGUCACAACUAAAGGCUUCUUAUGUCACCCAGGAGAACCAGAAUUCCAAUGGAACAAGCCUGAGCAUUUCUACAUCUGCAGAGAACCAAUACAGCCUUUUUCUAGGCUUAGUCCUGGCCUUAAGUUCCAGUGUUUUCAUAGGCUCCAGCUUCAUACUGAAAAAGAAGGGACUCUUACAACUGGCUAAAAAGGGAAUAACCAGAGCUGGGCAUGGUGGACAUUCUUACCUGAAGGAAUGGCUCUGGUGGGCAGGAUUACUCUCAAUGGGAAUAGGAGAGGCUGCAAAUUUUGCUGCAUAUGCUUUUGCACCUGCAACAUUGGUUACCCCUUUGGGGGCACUGAGUGUUCUUAUAAGUGCAGUAUUGUCGGCCCAUUUUUUAAAUGAGAGACUGAACAUUCAUGGGAAAAUAGGCUGCAUGUUAAGUAUCUUGGGGUCAACUGUGAUGGUUAUUCAUGCUCCCAAAGAAGAGGAAGUCACAUCUCUACAUGAUAUGGAAAUAAAGCUAAGGGAUCCAGCAUUUGUUUCCUUUGCUGUGGUUGUAAUUGUGAUCUCUGUGGUGCUGAUUGUGGUUGUUGCUCCAAAGAAAGGUCAGACCAAUAUAUUAAUCUACAUUUCAAUUUGUUCAGUAUUUGGAGUAUUUUCAGUUUCUUCUGUCAAGGGCUUAGGAAUCGCCAUCAAGGAGCUAUUGGAACAGAAGCCAGUCUACAAGGAUCCAUUCGUCUUUAUUUUGUUGGUGACAAUGAUUGCCUCAGUCAGUACUCAGGUUAAUUAUCUCAACAAAGCAUUGGAUACAUUCAAUACAUCUCUAGUGACUCCUAUUUAUUAUGUUUUCUUCACAUCUAUAGUAGUGACGUGUUCUGCCAUCUUAUUCAAAGAGUGGUAUAGUAUGAAUGCUGGUGAUGUCAUUGGGACACUGAGUGGAUUCUUCACCAUUGUUAAUGGCAUCUUCCUUCUGCAUGCUUUUAAAAACACCGAUAUCACCUGGAGUCAGUUGACAACUACUUCCAAAAAAGCCCAGUUAUCCCCAUAUGCCAGCGAAGAUAGACAUGCUUUAUUAGAGACCAUAGAAUGUGACGAUGAUCAAACUUUAUUUAAUCGGAUGGACAAUCAGGGUCACUGAUCCCCCUGGAAGAGCCAUUUUGAAGAAGGAAAAAGGCAUGCAUGUUUCUUUUAAGAACUGUUGAAAUAUUCAGCUGUAUAUUUUCAUGUCCAUAUAUGUGAAACCUAUGUAUUUAUGUUUUGGAAGAUGAUACAAUGGCCAUCUUCAUUCUUCCUACCUAAGGUAAUCAAUGGAACAUUGAUAUUUCAGUCUAACAUUCUAGACAAGUAAUUAAAGGUUGUUUUGUUUUUACAAAUAA